AUGGGUUCGAAAGUCGAAAAAACGAACGAAAACCCUGAAGGUCCGACUGCUGUGGCUUCUGAAGUCGGUGAAACCACCCACUUGAGCAAGGCUACCCAUGAUGAGGUUUUUGGAGAACUGACUGAGGAUGGCCCAAAUUUCCGCAACGUGGGCUGGCUCGGCACAUCCGUCCUAAUGAUGAAGUGUCAGAUCGGCCUGGGCGUUCUUUCGAUUCCAGCUGCCUUCGACAUCCUCGGCAUGGUCCCUGGAAUUAUCUGCAUGCUGACCAUUGCCAUCCUCACGACUUGGGGCAGCUACGUCGUUGGCACCUUCAAGCUCAACCACCGCGAAGUCUAUGGUAUCGAUGAUGCUGUUGGCAUUAUGUUUGGUCGUGUCGGCCGGGAGGUCUUCGGAGUGUGCUUUGUUCUAUUCCUCGUCUUCGCUGCCGCUUCCGGCAUGCUCGGCAUCUCUAUCAGCUUCAAUGCAGUCUCAACUCACGGAGCCUGUACUGCCGUCUUCGUAGCAGUUGCGGCCAUCAUCGCCAUGUUUCUCGCAAGUCUUCGCACCCUUGACCGCAUAAGCUUCAUCGCAUGGGCUGGUCUCGUUUCAAUUUUGGUCUCGAUUCUGAUCGUCACCAUUGCUGUGGGCGUCCAAGACCGACCUGACGAGGCGCCUGACGGGCCCUGGUCCUCUGACUGGAAGACUGUUGGAAAUCCAACUUUUACCGAAGCUAUAUCCGCUAUAUCGACGUUCAUUUUUGCAUAUGUCGGCACGCCAUUUUACUUUCCAAUCGUGGCUGAGAUGCGAGAUCCUCGCCACUACGCCAAAUCCAUGCUCCUCUGUCAGACCAUCGUCACCGUUACCUACAUCACAAUUGGGGUAGUAGUGUACUACUACUGCGGCUCUUUUGUUGCUUCACCGGCUCUUGGGUCCGCAGGAAAGCUGCUCAAACAGAUCAGCUACGGGAUCGCUCUCCCAGGGCUUAUUGCCAGCUCAACCUUGAGUACCCACUUUGCGAGCAAAUGGUUCUUCGUCCGCAUUCUCAGACAGUCAAAGCAUCUCGCGGGGAACACCUUUACUCACUGGGCGACUUGGUUCGGGUGCGUUUUCAGCGUUGGCGUUGUGGCAUACACCAUCGCUAGCGGCAUUCCCAUUUUUGGCGGGCUAGUGGCCUUGAUUGGCGCAUUGCUUGGCACUCUCAUGUGUUUCCAGCCUCUGGGGUGCAUGUGGCUUUAUGAUAAUUGGAAAGGCGGCGAGGUUCAGUCACUUAAGUGGGUGCUUUUAGUGGCUUUGAAUGUCUUCAUUAUCGUUUCCGGCACAUUUCUGAUGAUCGCCGGCACGUACGGCUCCAUCACAGGCAUAAUCGCCUCCUACAAGGCUGAUGGGGGAUCGAGGGCUUGGUCCUGCGCGGACAACUCUAAUUCGGUGUGA